ACAGUCAUGGCCUAUGACUGCUACCUGGCCAUCGGUUACCCGCUCAGGUACACCAGCAUGAUGAGUGGGAGAACAUGUACCCUCCUGGCCACUAGCACUUGGCUCAGUGGGUCUCUGCACUCUGCUCUGCAGACCACAUUGACCUUCCAUUUGUCCUACUGUGGGCCCAACCAGAUCCAGCACUACUUCUGUGAUGCACCACCCAUUCUCAAGCUGGCCUGUGCAGACACCUCAGCCAACGAGAUGGUCAUCUUUGUCAACAUUGGUGUGGUGGCCUCAGGCUGCUUUGUCCUGAUAGUGCUGUCCUAUGUGUCCAUCGUCUGCUCCAUCCUGAAGAUCCGCACCUCAGAGGGGAGACGCAGGGCCUCCCAGACCUGUGCCUCCCACUGUACCGUGGUCCUUUGUUUCUUUGUCCCAUGUGUUUUCAUUUACCUGAGGCCAGGCUCCAAGGAGGCUGUGGAUGGGGUUGUGGCAGUUUUCUACACUGUGCUGACCCACCUUCUCAACCCUGUUGUGUACACACUGAGGAACAAGGAGGUGCAGAAAGCUCUGUUGAAACUGAAAAGUGGGUCAGUAUCCACUCAGAGUAAUUAG